AUGAAGGAGCUUUUAGCUCGUCCUACAGACUGUCUAUCAUCACAGUACAUGGAAAACUCCUUGAAACAACUGAGCAUAUCAAACACGGCAAAUGUGAAGCACCAAGCAAAGGCAAGAGACGCUUCGCCAGGAGCACAACCACUGGUCAUUCCCGGAAAAUCUAGAUCAUCUACGGGGAAACGUAAAUUCCAUCUGAAGUCUAGACAUGGCUGUUCCACGUGCAAGAAACGACGCGUGAAAUGUGAUGAGCAAAAACCGAUUUGUGGGAAUUGCACCAAAUUGAAAUUAGAUUGUGGUUAUCAACACGACUUAGAGCAUUUACAAGAUCGAACAAGUCAGGAUCCUCCUUUAAAGAAACCAAAAACCACUAAGAAGAACAAAAAGAAUAGUACAAGUAAUGAUGAUGUUAAUGUAAAGGAUGAAAUUCAACCGGUAAGAAAGGAUAGCUCUGUUUCAGCUUCAGCAGCAUCUUUUUCUUCUGUUUCGCAAACAAGUUCGCGAAGUAAUAGUUAUGAUUACAUCAGUCGACCUGAGGAGCUAGAUACUUCAUUCAUUCCUCAACAACAGGAACAACAACAACAACAACUGCAAUCCCCUCAACAACAAGCAACACCAUCACUUACACCUAGUCCAAACCUUUUCAUGAACAACAGCAGCAACAACGGUAGUAGUAACAAAACCAAUGAGAACGUCAAUCUAAACAGAAGCAUGGCAAACCUUGCCCAAACUUUUAGUAAUCCAUUAAGUGCACUUUCUUCGGGAUUACUUAAUGCCGGAAAUUUGAACAACUUAAACCUAGCACAAUUGGUGAAUAAUAUAUCUGGUUUCGGAGGAGAUAUGAGUAAUUUAGGUAGUCUCAUGAAUUUGGGCAAUUUGGCCACUUUGGCUCAAUUACCUAUUGAUUUGAACAAUUUGAGUGGAUUGGCCGCAAGCUUUGCUUCACAGAAUCCGAGAAAUGCGGGGUUGAUGGAGAGUAUAUCGGCAAGUUUACUUAAUUCCGGAAGCAACACUAUGGGAUCUUCAAAUAUUUCUAAUCAAGGGCUAGCGUCUGAACAAGCACAGGCACAAGCUCAAACACAAGCUCAAACUCAGGAACAAGGGCAAUCAAAUAUGCAAAAUACGUUACAAAGUCAAAGAAACACUUCUAACAACCCGAUGGACCCAUCUUUGAGUUUCCAAGGCCAAGGGUCUCCAACAACAUCAUUCAACAUAGGCGAGUCUUUAAACCCCGCGAGUCAUGACAUUCCAGCUGGUUCGGCGUUACCUAAAGGUGCACCAUCUUCUUCGUCCUCAAUGAAUCUGCACAUACCAGCUGGUGUACCUUUUGGUGCAGAUACAACCCUUUUUGCGCAACAGCCACAAUUGAGCAAUACAAGUACUACACUCAACAUGCAAGAUCUCAAAUUGAUGUUUCACUAUACUUCUCAAGUCGCCAAUACAAUCACCGGUGCCGGGAUAUCGGAAACAAAUAUUUGGUUGCGAGACAUUCCCAUGCUUGCGUUUGAGCACCCAUUUCUCAUGCAUUCGUUAUUGGCAUUUAGUGCGACUCAUUUAUCAAGGACUGAAAAAGGAUUAGAUCAAUGUGUCACUUCACAUCGAGGUGAUGCUUUAAGGCUUCUUAGGGAAGCUGUGUUGAAUAUAAAUGCAGAAAAUACAGAUGCCCUCGUUGCAAGUGCAUUGAUACUCAUAAUGGACUCCUUGGCAAAUGCAUCCUUUCCCUCGUCUACUUCCCCUCAAUCUUUACCAGCACUGGCAUGGAUAUUCCACGUGAAAGGUGCUGCUACUAUAUUGACGGCGGUGUGGCCGCUCACAGAAGCAUCAAGAUUUUAUAAAUUCAUCAGUGUGGAUUUGGGUGAUUUGGGUGAUAUCAUUAACCAAAAGACACACUUGAAUCAAGCGAAUGUUGGCUCCGGUGAUGUUUCAUCAUCAUCAUCAUCAUCAUCGCAUCGAACAUAUACUGAUCUCGAGUGCCAUGAUGCGGACAUUGCCGAUUUGUUUCCUGUGGAAAUCAACUCGCCAUAUUUAAUUACUUUGGCGUAUUUGAAUAAGCUUCAUAAAGAAAGAUACAAGUCUGAUUUUAUUCUACGGAUAUUUGCAUUUCCCGCGUUAUUAGACAAGCAAUUUAUGGGAAUGUUGAUGUCUGGGGAUGUUAAAGCCAUGAGAAUAAUGAGAUCAUACUAUAAGUUGUUACGAUCAUUUACGAUGGAGAUGAAAGAUAAGGUUUGGUUUUUGGAAGGUGUUGCCCAGGUGUUGCCUUCAAAUGUAGAGGAGUAUGCAGGAGGAGCAGGUGGUAUGCAUAUGAUGAUGGAUUUUCUUGGAGGUGGACCCGAUAUUGCCAACGAGUAUGGCGAAGAGUUUCAAGAUGAGCCGUAUACCCUGAAAACCGCAGACAGCAGCGGGUUUCAUGAUGGAGAACUUCAUGAAAGUAUGGCACAUAGUGAUGUGAAUAGUGUUUACAAUAAUGAUGAGAAUAAUGAUAGCAAGAACGGCGACAAAGACAAUAAUAACAACGAUGACAACAAUGACGACGAUAACAACAACAACAACAACAACAACAACAACAACAACAACAACAACAACAAUGAAAACAACGACGAUGACUCUGAUGACUCUGAUGACUCUGAUGAUAAUGAUAAUGAUGAGAACGAUAACAAUGUUGAGUUUGACAAUGUCAAGGGCAUUCUCAACGACAACGGAAGCAGACAGAAUAGUACCAAACACUAUAACAGUAUCAGUAACGACAAGAUUAAUGAUAAUAAGCGAAUAAGCACAGAAUUUAGCGAUGCCAAGAUGAGCUCAAGAAUGAGAAGGAAAAAUAGUGUAUUGGUGAGUGGGGUUUCUCCUGCACCAUUGGUACCGAUUGCAAAUCUCAUGAGUCCUUCAGUAGCAUUAACAAAUCCGGAUAAUCUUCCAAGUGAUAUUACGAGCGAGUUAGAGUUGAUGCAAGGAGAUCAUGCAUUUAUCGGAUUAAAAUAG